UUCAGUGUGAUAACGGCAAAGAAAUGCUAGCAGCUAUACUGUCACCAUCAUCGGCUACGCGAGUUUUCACCCCAACUACUCUACAUAAACCCCGCCAAUUCAUGCCUGGCCAAGAAGAGGCAAAAUUGGGUCUUUGACAUUUUCCAAUAUAAAACGCAGAGGUUCAGUGUGAUAACGGCAAGGAAAUGCUGGCAGCUAUACUGUCACCAUCAUCGGCUACGCGAGUUUUCACCCCAAGUACUCUACAUAAACCUCGCCAAUUCAUGCCUGGCCAAGAAGAGGCAAAAUUGGGUCUUUGACAUUUUUCAAUAUAAAACGCAGAGGUUCAGUGUGAUAACGGCAAGGAAAUGCUAGCAGCUAUACUGUCACCAUCAUCGGCUACGCGAGUUUUCACCCCAACUACUCUACAUAAACCUCGCCAAUUCAUGCCUGGCCAAGAAGAGGCAAAAUUGGGUCUUUGACAUUUUCCAAUAUAAAACGCAGAGGUUCAGUGUGAUAACGGCAAGGAAAUGCUGGCAGCUAUACUGUCACCAUCAUCGGCUACGCGAGUUUUCACCCCAAGUACUCUACAUAAACCUCGCCAAUUCAUGCCUGGCCAAGAAGAGGCAAAAUUGGGUCUUUGACAUUUUCCAAUAUAAAACGCAGAGGUUCAGUGUGAUAACGGCAAGGAAAUGCUGGCAGCUAUACUGUCACCAUCAUCGGCUACGCGAGUUUUCACCCCAAGUACUCUACAUAAACCUCGCCAAUUCAUGCCUGGCCAAGAAGAGGCAAAAUUGGGUCUUUGACAUUUUCCAAUAUAAAACGCAGAGGUUCAGUGUGAUAACGGCAAGGAAAUGCUGGCAGCUAUACUGUCACCAUCAUCGGCUACGCGAGUUUUCACCCCAAGUACUCUACAUAAACCUCGCCAAUUCAUGCCUGGCCAAGAAGAGGCAAAAUUGGGUCUUUGACAUUUUCCAAUAUAAAACGCAGAGGUUCAGUGUGAUAACGGCAAAGAAAUGCUAGCAGCUAUACUGUCACCAUCAUCGGCUACGCGAGUUUUCACCCCAACUACUCUACAUAAACCUCCCACCACUUUCUCUUUUCUGCGACCAUUUUCUCUUCCUCUCUCCGCUUCCCGGUUUCAAGUUCGUGCAAUGGCUGACUCUGCCUCUGCCCCCUUCAAAAAAAUCGCAAUCCAUAGAGACGAUACUACUUUUGAUGCGUACGUGGUGGGCAAAGAAGAUACUCCUGGGAUUGUUGUGCUUCAAGAGUGGUGGGGUGUGGAUUUUGAGAUCAAGAAACAUGCUGUGAAAAUAUCCCAACUGGACCCUGGGUUUAAGGCGCUUAUCCCUGAUUUAUAUCGAGGAAAGGUAGGCUUGGAUGUUGCUGAAGCUCAACAUUUGAUGGAAGGCCUUGAUUGGCAAGGCGCAGUUAAGGAUAUCCGUGCUUCUGUUAAUUGGCUCAAGGCUAAUGGUUCAAAGAAGGUAGGAGUAACUGGAUUUUGCAUGGGAGGUGCUCUUUCAAUUGCAAGUUCUGUCUUGGUUCCAGAGGUUGAUGCAGUUGUCGCAUUUUAUGGUGUUCCUACAUCAGAGCUUGCAGACCCUGCCCAGGCUAAGGCACCUGUUCAGGGUCACUUUGGAGAGCUCGAUAACUUUGUUGGUUUUUCAGAUGUGACGGCAGCCAAGGCUUUAGAGGAAAAGCUGAAAGCAUCAGGAAUUCCUUAUGAAGUACACAUUUAUCCAGGCAAUGCACAUGCUUUUAUGAACAGGUCUGAUGAAGGCGUUAAGAGGAGGAAGAGCAUGGGAAUGCCUGAUGAAGAUGAAGCUGCUGUUGAGCUGGCAUGGUCUCGCUUCAAAACCUGGAUGACUCGCUACUUAUCUGCAUAAAUGACUAGUUCAUGUGAAUAUUAAUGUCUUGUCUGCUGGCUUUCCGCUUUUCCAGCUUGGGUAGUGGCAUGUUGGAGGGCAUUACUAUUUUACCGUGUUUGCAUGCAACCUUGAGGACUUGUAUUUUCCUGAAAUGAGCUAGUUUGCUUGUGGUACCUGGCUAUCUUGUUUUAUUCAUGUGGGCUUCUGCAUUGCCAUGUGACUGGUUUGAUGUAUACAAUCUGUGAUUUCUUUGCAUAUCCCUUUUUCUUAGACAUUGAUUAAGAGGUAGUUAAACUACUUCAACUGCUUAUAUUGUUAUAUGGUUUUACGUAUUAUGAUAAGAUUUUAUCA